GCCAAACCGGAUGUAUUCUUUGUAUAGGCCCACCCACCCCUCACCGCACAGGCCAAUGCGAGCCUGUGGAGGCGCAUGGAUGUAAUGCCAAGGCGCGGGUAGUUGCGCACACACGACCAGCUUUUCUAGCCUCGCCCCCAACUGUUUCGAGGCGUGACGAGGACCGGCGUCUUCCACGGGAAUCCUCGAAGUGUCCUGAGGCGCAUAACCGGGAGGCCACAUCGAGUCCUAGGGUCGGAACAUGUAGUCUCGAGGCGCGGGUGGGCCUGAGUAAAAGGAAGGGGCAAGGGUAAGGCAGAGAGUGGAAGGGAGGCACGACGCCUUUAAAAUAAAUAAAAAAUAAAAAAGGUGCGCAGGUCAGAAAGGUGUUUGAGGACGCAUGAAUCCUAUGUUCGCAUUAAAGAGGGUCUAGGAUCAGGCAUAGAAGAGGGGUGCAUAGCAACAAGGGAGAAGGCGCAUGGUAGAUGAGGGACUUACUAGGGGAAGCGACGGAAACGGCGGCCUGGCCGUCGGCAGGCGCCUGGGAUCCAGAAGGCGCAUGAAGUGUGGGAGGCGCAUCUGUUCGGUGGAAGGCGUGGGCGAGUUGGGAUGGAGAGGGAUUUGUCGAGAAGACGCCAUGGCACACUUGGAGGCGCGCGCUGAGUCGGUCGAGAAGCAGAGAAGUCGAGAGGCAGAGCAGUCGAGAGGAGCGAGGGUUAGAGAGAGGAAGUAGUGAGAGGAUGAAAGUGAAGUUAUGAGAGCUAGGAAGGAGGAGGGGGUUUAUAAGGAGGUCCAAGCGAGAGGGGAGAGAGAGAGAGAGAGGAGAAAGGCGAAGAGGCCUCACCAAUCCGCUCCUGAUUUCGAAAUUUGAAUUUCGAAUCUCGAGCCGAUUGGGGGGAGAGAGAUAGUGAGAAUCACAGGGGGCAUGAUGACACAGGAAGAAAGGGGGAAGAGGAACGGUCGCGUGAAAAAGGGAAAAGAAAAAAAAUAAAGAAAUGAUAUAAUAAAUG